AUGAAUCUAUGGGAAGUAUACCAAGUGAACCUUUAGACAAAGAGGGAACAGAUAUAUUACCACCACUUUCUAAAACUGAAUUAAUUAUUCCUUAAAUUCCUUAAGUAAUUAUUUCACCACCUUAAGUAUUACCUGAACCUCCUAUUGUUUAUGAUUCUGAAGCUAAAGAUAAUAUAAUUCUCGCUUUUAAAUUACUUUCUGAAAUUUAAAAUGACUCUUAAAAAAGUUUAGAAGAAAUUACAAAGUAAUGGAAUAGUUUAAAAUAAAAUUUUGAAACUUAAAAAAACUUAAUAAAAGAGAGAUUAAAUGAAAAAGAAUAAUUAUGUAAUAAGAAUUUCGAAGAAUAUAGCCUAUUAUAAUAAAAACAUACAAAAAGUCAAGAAUACAUAAACUAUUUAAAAGAAAGAAUUACUUAAAACUUAAAAGAUUUGGAUAUUUCGCAUACUUAAACUUGUGAAAGAAAUAGAUAAUAUGUAUAAGGUUUAAAAAAUGAUAAGUUGGUUUUAAGUUUUAUUAGAUUUUUAAGAGAAGCUAUAUAAUAAAAGAAUGAUUUCAAUUUAAUAUAGAAAGUUUAAUUAACAGAAAAAUUAAAUGGAUUUUUAUAAAAUUAUAAUCAAAAUAAUGUUGAUAUUCUUCUUUAAUUUAUAGAUGAAUAAUAAUAUAAUAUUAGCUAAGAUUAUUCUGUUUAAUAAAGAACAGAUAAAGAAAUAGGUACAAAACAUAUAGAUAAUAGUAAAGGAGAUUUAGAUUUAAAUAAAUUUAAUAAUGGAGAAAGAAAAGUAUGGUCAGGUCACUAAAAGGAGUUGUUAGAUCUAUUAGAUAAAUUAGAAGAUUUAAUAGUAAAAAAGAUGUAAUAAUAAUUAUAAGAUGAAAUUUAAUCUUCAAUUUUAGUCGCUAAAAUGAGAGAUAGAUUACUAAGAGAAAAUACUAUAAUAUAAAAAUAAAUUGAUAAUGAAAUUUCUAUUUUGAAAUAAAUGAAAAAUGAUUUCAAAGUUAGAGUUGAUGAUUAUAUUGAUGAUAAAGAAUAUUAAUAUGAAGGAUAUAACGAAAGAGAAAUUGAUAAAAUUAGGUUAUUAAGGGAUUGA